AUGCGGUUGCAGAAGAGGAGCUUGGUGGCAUUUGCCUGGAGUUUGGUGGUUGCUUCUGCUGCUGCUCAGAGUGGUAAGUUGCAGCAUCUUUUCUCCUGCAAAUUGCAUUUCUCUCCUUGCAUUGGGAAGGGCUGCUGGGCUUGCAUCUCCUUUGCUGUGGGUUUUGAGGCUUGAGGGGGUGACCAUGGGUAUCUCUUCUUACUCUCUGCCCUCUACAAGCCUCUGAGGCAGGCUUAUGUUGAAAACAAUAGGGCUGAGGCCCUCCAGUGGCCAAUGUGGGCUGAGAAGGCACUUGAACCCAGAACUGCCCCUCUCCUACCCUUGCAUCUAGACCUGUUUUGUUCCUGCAUUUCAAAAUAUCGUUAUGGCAUUAUUAUUGCAUUUAUACCCUAUCUACAAAAGUACACAGGGCAGCUUACCUAAAAUCUAUAAACCAAUACAGUGGUACCUCAGGUUAAGUACUUAAUUCAUUCCAGAGGUCCAUACUUAACCUGAAACUGUUCUUAACCCGUUCUCAGCACCACUUUAGCUAAUGGGGUCUCCCACCGCUGCCGCUGCACGAUUUCUGUUCUCAUCCUGAAGCAAAGUUCUUAACCUGAAGCACUAUUUCUGGGUUAGCAGAGUCUGUAACCUGAAGCGUAUGUCACCUGAGGUACCACUGUAUUUAAAAAGCAACAUCCACAUUUUUUGGGGCGGGGUGCACAUUACAAAAUAAGGAGCCCUAUGGGAUUGUGCGCUUUAUUUAUUCUCUGGCUCAAAUUUCUCCUGCUAGCCUUAACCAGAUGAGAGGAACCUUAGACACGGGGGGCCAGAUCUGGCUCUCCAAACCUCUCUGUCUGGCCCUUGGAACUCUUACCAGGCCACACCCCUUCACUGGCCCUGCUUUGUACCCUCCUUGAGUGGUUCUUGCGCGGCUGGAAUUUGUCCUUGAACACCAGUAAUGCCCCUUGCUUGCCCAGAGGCGGGUAUGCAAGUGUGUGUAGAAGUUAAAUUACUGCACAAAGGUAACAUCCGCAUCAAUUGCCCCACUCACUUUUGCCUCCACACUUGCCCACCACUGGCAUGUGGCCCCCAGAAGGGUAUCUACGAGGAAAUGUGGCCCUCGUUCUGAAAAAGGUUCCUUGCCUGUUCUCUUAGCCAAGGCUUGAAACCAGGGUCUGGGGCUGUUUCCGGCAGUUAGGAGGAGGAGUCUCAUCAGCCUUCACUGUGGUUAGCACUGAUGCAACAAGGAACUGUGGUUAAGAGUAGCGGCGUAGAGGCCCAGCUCCUUCCUACAAUCUGCCUGUGAUUACAAGCCUUUUAGGUAUCUGUCGGCUCUGACUCUUCUCCCUCCCCCUGCAGUACCUGCCACUUCCAUGCCCUAUAAAUGCAACAGGACCAGCAUCCAUUUAGUGGUCAAGAUGGACCCUUGGGACACAGGUCUCAGGCUGGAACCGCAAUAUCUGCACCUCGGCCGCUGCUCCCCUUCCUUUGAGGACAACCGGCAGGGCUUCUUCCACUUCCAGUACCACUUUAAGGAAUGUGGCUUUGCACGGCUGGUGAGUGUUCUGAGGGGCCAGGAUUUUGCAGGCUGCUGUGGUGACUUGCUGGUCACUCAGGAGGCGGCUGAAGAAUGUUGCUCGUAAGGCGGAAGGUAGGGAGCCCAACAGUAGGUGGCACCAAAGCCAAUGUCAGAAUGAGUUAACAAAUUCUUGUUUUGUGCUCCUCCUCCUCCUUUUCCCUCGUGAAUUCUAAAAAGGCAGCACUGAGAAUAAGGAGGCGGAAGGGGAACUCCAAGUCAGCCUCAGGACUAGCUGUGAGCAAGAAGGCAGGCUGGUGGGAGCUGGCUGAGGACAGACUGAGGUUGGUGGGCCAAUGCCCCCUUUGUCCUAAUGGACCAGCCUCCAUUGAGUGAACUGCAGGACUGUUCCUCAUUGAGGUUUGGAGAGAAAUGCUCUGAAGCUUCUCUGUGUCUCAGGAACUGAAGCGGGCUCCCAUUUCAAGGUAGGCACAGUGGUACCUCAGGCUAAGUACUUAAUUUGUUCCGGAGGUCCGUUCUUAACCUGAAACUGUUCUUAACCCGAAGCACCAUUUUAGCUAAUGGGGCCUCCCGCUGCUGCCGCGCCGCCACCGCACAAUUUCUGUUCUCGUCCUGAAGCAAAUUUCUUAAUCCGAGGUACUAUUUCUGGGUUAGCGGAGUCUGUAACCUGAAGCGCAUGUAACCCAAGGUACCAUUGUAUAUUACUUCCAUAGUAAAAGCCUGUCGUCUAUGCAUUGCCAAAAAGAGGAAAUGGGGGGGAGGGCCUCGAAGGGCGAACAUUUGAGUAAUAAAUUUUGCAUAUGCAUAUUGUUGUAUAAGAACAACAAUAAUAAAUAAUAAUUUAUUAUUUGUACCCCGCCCAUCUGGCUGGGUUUCCCCAGCCACUCUGGGCGGCUCCCAGUGGAAUAUUAAAAACGCGGUAAGACAUCAAACAUUACAAACUUCCCUAAACAGGGAAUUGUCAUUUAUUUCAUCUUUGAAUGACUUUCCACGAGGCAUUGAUUUGCAAUACAAUAACCUAUAUUAAACAGUUUAAAACAAUUGCAUACCUAAAAAUUACAAAAUGGGCUGCAUUAAAAUAAAUUUAUAUAUCUAGAUGCAAAGUCAGAAAUUUCGACAACUGACUUCUCUUUCAUGCCAUACAUUUAAGCAUCUCAUUUCCACUUUAAAUAGUCAUUGCUUCCCCUAAAGAAUUUUGGGAGCUGUAGUUUAUUAAGGGUGCUGGGAGUUGUGAAGAGACCCCUUUUCCCCCUCGCAGAACUACAAUUCCCAGAGUUCCCUGGGAAGAGAGGUUGAGCUGAAAGCCAUUCUAGCUAUUGUAGCUCUGAGAGGGGAAUUUGGGGGGAGGUGGGGUCUCCUAGCAACUCUUGGCACCCUUCAUGAACUACAGCUCCCAGAAUUUUUAGGGGAAGCCACGAUUGCUUAAAGUUGUAUGAUGCUGCUUUCAAGGUAUGGUGUGAAUGUGGGCUUUGGCUGAGCAUCCAUUAUCUGAAUGCUAACGUCUCAGUUUUUUAUUCUUGCAGAUCUGUGGCGCAAUGGUAGAGUAUUCUAGUAGCCUGGUCUACAGGCCACCCUCCACCCGGUCCGAUCUCUACAGCAGGAGCCCUUUCAUGGAGAGGAUUAACUGUACCAAUUAUGAGUAAGCACUGCAUGUGUGGACAUGGGAAAGGCAAUUUGGGGUGAAGAGGAUGGAUGUCAGAAGUGGAGCUGAAGUUGUGAAUCCAAACACGUCUCUGUUAAGAGUUCAGCUGUGGGAGAAAAGUUCCUGUAAAUUCUUUUUUUCUUUUGCAGCAGAAAUCUGCUAAGGAUAUACAGUCUGAUAUCUGCAAAAGCCACCAGGAAAGUUUCCUGUUGGUGUAACGCAGCAUUCUUAAGGCAGCAAAUCGAUUUUUUAAAAAAAGAUUCUCAUAUAGUAGUUCUUAAAAGCAUGCGGGUUACUUCCUUGGAGCAGGAGGGGGGACAAAUUAAUAAUAAUUAAUAAUAAUAAAUAUAUUAUUUCUACCCUGUCCAUCUGGUUGGGUUUCCCAAGCCACUCUGGGCGGCUUCCAACCAAAGACUAAAAAUAAAUUAAAACAUCAAUCAUUAAAAACUUCCCUUAACAGGGCUGCCUUCAGAUGUCUUCUAAAUGUCAUAUAGUUGUUUAUUUCCUUGACAUCUGAUGGGAGGGUGUUCCACAGGGCAGGCACCACCACCGAGAAGGCCCUCUGCCUGGUUCCCUCUAACCUCGCUUUUCGAAGGGAGGGAACUGCCAGAAGGCCCUCGGAGCUGGACCUCAGUGACUUGAGGCUGCCAUCUUAUACACAGUUAGCUGGGAUUGGAGGGCGCCAGGGGAAGGGUGACUUGGGGCAUGUUUGGAAGAUUUCUCAGAAUGGUAGAGUUGUCAGGGUCCCCUGCAAUGCAGGAAUCGCAGCUAAAUAAUCCCUGACAGAAGACCAUCCUGCCUCUGUUUUAAAACCUCCAAGAGAGUCCACCAGCUUCUGAGGUACAGUGGUACCUCGGGUUAAGUACUUAAUUCGUUCUGGAGGUCUGUUCUUAACCUGAAACUGUUCUUAACCUGAAGCACCACUUUAGCUAAUGGGGCCUCCUGCUGCUGCUGCUGCAUGAUUUCUGUUCUCAUCUUGAAGCAAAGUUCUUAACCCGAGGUAAUAUUUCUGGGUUAGCGGAGUCUGUAACCUGAAGCGUCUGUAACCCGAGGUACCAGUAACCCGAGGUACCACUGUAGUUCCAGUCCACUGUUUGAACAGUUCUUAACCUCAGAAAGUUCUUCCUAAUGUUUAAUUAAAAUAUGCAAGUGAAUUGUAAGGCUCCCACGCUCUCUCCAACCUCAUGAAAAUAAGCCCAGUUGCGCUGCAACUUGGAACUUCGAAGUGGUGAAUGCACAGCGCCCAUCUCGUCGCUUCACUCCCCUAGUCCACAUUGAGGUGGCUCGCUGUAACACUCGCAAGGAGAGACUGACUCUCUUCUCUUCCAGCGCAGGGCGCUUGACGACUCCUCCUCCACAAGUGACAACGGUCACCGGCCAUCUUUCUGCUUCCAGUGGACUAAUGUUCACCGGCACUUUAAUGAAUGGUAAGCAACAGGAUCCAGCUGGGUGGGGUGGGGGUGGGGAGGCUCACAGUAGGCGGAGCUAGAUGCAUUGAUAGGUGGAGCCAAUGAUAGGCGCAGCCUCCUAAUUCCAGUGGCAUGUGUGAUCGAACUGUGAUAAUUCUGCCUGGUUGCUGGAUGGAGAAGUAUAAUAAUCUCUGGGAGGCAUCUGGUUAAAUUUUACUUGGAGCAGGCACACUGAAAUUAACAGACCUAACUUAGACCCCCUCUGCAUUAUAUACAUUUAGAGCAGUAUCGUACCACUUUAAACAGCCGUGGCUUCUCCCAGAGAGUUCAGGGACCUGUAGUUCAGCAUGCUGAGAGUUAGGAAGGACCUUCAUCCCCCCCCCCCCGAACUACAGUUUCCAAGAGUUCCCUGGGAAGAGAAGAUGAUUGUUCAACAAGCCUGAGAAUUGUAGCUCUGGGAGGGAAACAGGAGUCUCCAAAUUACGCCUGGCACCUUUAACAAACUCCAGCUCCCAAGAUUCUUUGGAGGAAACAAUUGCCUUUUAAAGUGGAGAGUCGGUGUGGUGCAAUGUUGGAGUCUGGUUAGAGUGCCUGACCAGGACCUGAGAGACCAGGCUGUGAAUCCUCACUUGGCCGUGAGUCUCACUGGGUGACCCUGGGCCAGUCUCUGCCUAAAUGCAAUGUAAUAAUAAUAAUAAUAAUAAUAAUUUAAUUUAUAUCCCGCCCUCCCCAGCCGAAGCCAGGCUCAGUGCGGCUAACAACAGUAAAAUAAUACAGCAUUGUAAAAUCAAUUCAUUAUAAAAUCAGUUCAAAUCAAAUUAAUGGCAACCGUUGGGCUAGAGUUCUGUGAGGAUUACCAAAGGAGGGGGUCAGUCUGUGCCUUGGCCAAAGGCCUGGUGGAACAGCUCUGUCUUGCAUGCCCUGAGGAAAGAUGUCAAGUCCCGCAGGGCCCUAGUCUCUUGUGACAGAGUGUUCCACCAGAUCAGACCCACAGCUGAAAAAGUCCUGGCUCUGGUUGAGGCCAGCCUAACCUCCUUGUGCCCUGGGACCUCCAAGAUGUUUUUAUUUGAAGACUGUAAGGUCCUCCGUGGGACAUACCAGGAGAGGCGGUCCCGUAGGAUGUGUAAUAAGAGUGCUAUAAAUGUAUUGUGCAGAUUGGGCCUUCAUGAUGUCCAUUAUUUCCAGUGGGUCUGCUCAUGAGCAGUUGAAUGCCACCCUCUGAGUUGCAUCUGGGGAAAUAUAGGCAGCUGUAGAAAGAAUCUUGCCCUUUGUUCCACCUUGCUCUGCCCACCCCGGCAUGUGCCCACCCUCAGAGGGUUCCCCCAAGAGAAUGUAGGAAACUGUUUCCACUCGUUGCUCCUAAAAGUGCUGCCUCUUCUGUCUUUGCAGCGGACUUCAGCGCUCCCUCAUCCUCCAGCGUCUUCCCCCUGGGCUCUCAGAUCCACAUUCAGUUUGCUGUUCAGCGUUCCUUCCACCAGCCUUUGCAGGUUUUUGUGGACGAGUGUGUGGCUGCCACAACUCCAGACCUGAGCACAUCGCCCCAGAGUUACGUCGUCAUUGCGAACCAUGGGUGAGUCUGCACUGUGGGGGGUUUUGAGUUCUGUGGAUGGAAGGGGAACAGCCUUACCAAGCUUACCAAAUAGUUUUGGAAAACUGCUACAAUGAUUUAUAUGGAAACUUAGCCAGGGGGAAUCGAAGUCACCCAACAAUGUUAACAAAAGGGGAAUUAUUACAGUAAGGAUAAAUGUUUGUUUGUUUGUUGACAUUUUCUUUUUAUGUUUGUGGAUUUGCUUGUUAUAAAUUUGGAAAACUAAUAAAAAAAAUUUGAAAAAAAAUAAAAUAAGCUACCUCACAGGGUUGUUUGGAGGAUGAAAUGCAAGGGGGGGGGCUCUGCCUGCCACCCCUGGAGAAAAGAUGGGAUAUUAAUGGCAUCAAUCCAUAAUAAACAUAAGUGCCAGGUUAUUUUUUGUUUCAAAAGCUGCCAGUGUCGCCUGGAUUUUUGCACCAAGAGACAAUUGUGUAGCAUCUGCUAAAAAAAAAAACUUGGGAUGCAUUUUGUCCUCCGAAUGAGAUGUGCUUUUUAAAACAUAUAUUUCUUGUUGGGUUUUGGGCAGGUGCCUUGUUGACAGCAGGGUUGCAAAUUCCCGGUUCCUCCCUAGACAGACUCCGGAAGUGCUCCAUCUUUCUCUGCAAGCCUUUGAAUUCGUUGAAAUAGAUACUGAUGUAAGUAACUUACAACUUAAUAGGCCUUGCGCCAGUAUUUCCUGAGGUAACCUCCAAUUUUGCAGUGAUUUUGCAAUUUUUCUCACCUGCUGUUCAGCAGGCAGUUGUCGACUCAUUAAUCCAUGCUUUGUGUAGCCUCAGGGCUAGGAACCUGUUUGAAUGGAGGCAGAACUCCGCUCCCAGUACUACAUUCUGUACUUUUGCAUCGUGCCCAGGAAGCCACCUUAUUCUGAGUCACGCCGUUGGCUCAUUAAGCUGACAGGCAGUGGCUCUUCAGGGUUUUGAGCACCCGGCAUUCCCAGCUCUUAUUUGGGGAUGUGGAUAGCUAUGAUGACCCUAGGUUUGAGUAGCUGUUACCCAGUUUGUGGGGCACUCCAGAACAUGGGAGUUUUCACUGCAAAACACUGCAAAAAUAUUGCAAGACUUCGGCACUGGUUUGAAGGGAUUUGGACAGCAUAUGCAUUGGCUCCUAGUACAUUUCCGAGCACAGUUCAAAGUGUUGGUGCUGACCUUUCAAGCCCUAAACGGCCUCAGCCCAGUAUACCUGAAGGAGUGUCUCCACCCCCAUUGUUCAGCCCGGACACUGAGAUCCAAAUCUGAGGAUCUUCUGGCAGUUCCCUCACUGCAAGAAGUGAGGUUACAGGGAACCAGGCAGAGGGACUUCUCAGUAGUGGCUCCCUCCCUGUGGAACGCCCUCCCAUCAGAUGUCAAGGAAAUAAAGAACUAUCUGAUUUUUAGAAGACAUCUGAAGGCAGCCCUGUUUAGGGAAGUUUUUAAUGUUUGAAGUUUUAUUCGGUUUUUAGUGUUCUGUUGGGAGCCGCCCAGAGUGGCUGAGGAAACCUAGCCAGAUGGGCGGGGUAUAAAUAAUAAUUUUAAUAUUAUUUUUGGGGUGUUAACUAUGAACCCCAUGUUUGUAUCAAUUACUCCAUUUGUGGGGUUCUGCAAAACUCGGACUUAUCACUGCAAAAUGCCGCAGUGAAACUUAGACACAGGUUUGGAGGGGGUCCCAAAUUUUGGUGUUUGCAGUUAAUAAACCUGAUGGUGGGGACUGAACCCGGAACUUCUUGCAUUCAACAUGCAAUAGGCCACUUUUGGUAAUGCUUGUGCAAGGAGACUCUCAGCUUGCACCUGUGUUUGAGGGUCUCACUGGUACUGCAUGGAAGCACCCUUCAAAAUAAGGGGUUAUGCCAUGGGUAGGCAAACUAAGGCCCAGGGGCCAAAUCCAGCCCAAUUGCCUUCUAAAUCCGGUCCACAGACGGUCAGGGAAUCAGCGUGUUUGUACAUAUGUAGAAUGUGUGCUUUUAUUUAAAAUGCAUCUCUGGGUUAUUUGUGGGGCAUAGGAAUUCGUUCAUAUUUUUUUCCAAAAUAUAGUCCGGCCCCCGACAAGGUCUGAGGGACAGUGGACUGGCCCCCUGCAGAAAAAGUUUGCUGACCCCUGGGUUAUGCUGUAUACGACAUCCCUGUGAGGAAGCCACAAGCCAUGGCAGUACUGGUCUUGGGCGGUGCCAGGGACCUCUCUCGGCUGUUCUAGUAUUGCAGGGGGUCUGCAGGUGGUGGAUUUAUCCUACUUUAUUAGUUCUGUGGUGCUCGGGCAGAAUGCUACCACAUUGUUGCUUGGAGGGGCUGUAGCCUAACAAAGAGAAGGAUGUCCUCUUCAAAACUUUUGCAGGCACGCACGGUGUUGAAGGCAUGUGUAGAUAUUUUAUAAUUUAUACUUGCUAAAAUGACUUCUAAGCAGUUUAAAAGUGAGCAGUGUUACAGUUAGAGUCAUAGAAUUGUAGAGGUGGAAGGGACCCCAAGAGUCAUCUAGUCUAACCCCCUGCAAUGCAGGAAUCUCCGCUAAAGCAUCCCUGACAGAUGGCCAUCCAACCUCUGCUUUAAAACCUCCAAGGAAGGAGAAUCCACAACCUCCCAAGGGAGACCGUUACUCUGUCAAACAGCUCUUGCUGCCAGAAAGUUCUUCCUGAUGUUUAGUUGGAAUCUCCUUUCUUGUAACUUGAAGCCAUUGGUUCGAGUCCUACCCUCCAGAGCAGGAGAAAACAAGCUUGCUCCAUCUUCCAUGUGACAGCCCUUCAGACAUUUGAAGAUGGCUAUCAUAUCUCCUCUCGGUUUCCUCUUUUCAAGGCUAGACACACUCAGCUCCUUCAACUGUUCCUCAUAAGGCUCGAUUUCCAGACCCUUGAGCAGGCUUCCACUACCUUGGCCCUCCAGAUGUUUUGAGACUACAAUUCUCAUCAUCCCUGACCACUGGUCCAGCUAGCUAGGGAUCAUGGGAGUUGUAGGCCAAAAACAUCUGGAGGGCCGAGGUUGAGGAAGCCUCUCUUGAGCAUCUUGGUUGCCCUCCUCUGCAGCAACAAAUAAUUAAGUGUGACUGUCCCAGGAGCACCAGGAGCAAAAUCCAUUCCUCUUGCAGGUUUACCUUCACUGCCAAGUUUUAGUCUGGGACCCAGCUGCACCCGCCGACCACAUGAGGAAGGCCUGCUCGUUUCACAGAGAUACGAACAAGUAAGGAAUGUGGGGAAUGGUUGUUUGUUAGAGGUUUUUGCCGAAGGGAUCUGUGAGUGGUGAGCCUUUUGGCUAGGUAAGACCAAUACUGAGAGGCUCAUUCCAGACCCUCCAGGUGUCCCUGUUUUCCAGGGACGUCCCUGAUUUAGAGAAGCCGUCCCGGUUUCUGAUUUGAUCUUGGAAUGUCCUGCUUUUCCUUAGGAUAUCCGUAUAUUCAUUGGAGAAAUGCUGGAGGGUAUGGUGUUAUCCCACCCCACCCCCCCGAGCUGUCCGAAGGCAAUCCUGUAUAGGGAAGUUUCCUUAAUGUUUUAUGGUGUUUUUAUAUAUGUUGGAAGCUUACCAGACUGGCUGGGGUAACCCAGUAAGAUGUGUGGGGUUAUAAAUAGUAAAAUUAUCAUUAUGGAAUGGGAUGUCUCUAUUUUCAUCGGAGAAAUGUUGGAGGGUAUGUCGUUCCAGGGAUGUUGGACUAUGUGUGUGUGCACACGCACAAAAUGGGCAGGCCCUCAAUUUCAAUUUCAAAUUUUAAAAAACGUUCCAUGGGCGUCUAUGACUUGCUCCGAAAUAACAAGCUGGCAAAGAGCCUGUUUCUAGAGCAGAGUGGUCUCAUCAUCAGGCCCUGCUAAGGAAGGAGGGUUCAAUGCAAAAUCUGCAGUUGCUGUGGAAACCCAAUUUGGUACAUCGCUGGGAGGUCAUCCCCUAUGAGCCAGUGGCAGGAGGACCUUAUUCACACCAGUGACCUCAUUCCUUCAUAUGCAGCCUUCUGAGGGGGUGGGGGUGGGGAGAUGCAAGUGGUGGGUGGGGCCAGAGGCAAAAGUGGGUGGAGCAACUCCUUUUGGGAGUGGAGGGUGUCAUUCCAAGCCAUUCAAAAGAGGUUUCUGCACACAGAUACCCCUCUCCAUCCCAGGCAAGCAAGAGGCAGGAUCGCAGUUCCGGGGACACAUUCCGGUUGGGCCCAGCCCCUUUAAGAGGGUCUGGAUCAGGACCAGUGAUGGGAAUGGCCUCCGGGGCAGGCAGAGGCCUGGGGUUCCCCAACCCCUGAUGUAAGCAGACGCUGCAUCAGAAGGAAGUUCCCAGAGACAUGAGGCUUGCAGUCGGAGCCUGGAAGCAAGACUAAAUCAGUUUCAUUUCAUCCUAGUGCCUGGUGAAAGAAUAAAUCCAGCACGCGUGUGGAUACUGUGAGGUCUGUGACUUUUGCAAGCCUCAUCCACACUUUCCUUCGCUCCAUGUUUUCUGGACUUUCUAGGUCCUUUUCUUUUUCUUCUUCAUUUUUCGUCCCAUUGCUUUCUCUGGGAAAACCCACAUUUUUCCCCCUGCUGAAUUGGAGCAAACAGCAAGCAGCAGAAAACCCAACAGCUGCCUGUGUCAAUUCACCAGUAAAAUGCAGGUUUUCCUGGAUGAAAGUGGUGGAAUAAAAAGAACCUGCUUAGUCACAGACCUGGAAAGCCCGCAGCUGUGCCUAUAAAUGCGGCACAAAAGCAAGUGUCAAGGAGCCCUUGAAUUCAGAAGUUGACGGCUUUCCUUCUCUCCACAGAUGGGAGCUCCUAGAUGAUCCAUCCAGUUCUGUGUGCAGCUGCUGUGACUCGACGUGUGGAGCGACUGGGUCUCGCCACCAGAGAGAUCUGGAAGGUAUCUCUGCACAUUUUUAAUUGUUUGUUUGUUUAACGCAUCCCUGGAAACGGACAGGGCAGCGGUUGAACUGGUCAUACCAAAAUCUGCAUCCGUCGCUUCUCUUCAGGUCUGUCUGUGGAAGUCCGUCCACGGCAAUCGAACGUGGUGGUGACUCAUUUCACAAUUCAGAAACUGGCUCAAAAUGGAGACCACGGAGAGCUGGAUGCAAACGGCUCUCUUGCUGUCAGGAGGAGUCGCAAAGGUAAGGUAAGUCAUCCAACGAUAUGCACUGGGCCAAAACCAAGGUGGUCUUAUCUCUCUCUCUCCUCUCUCCUCUCUCUCUCUCUCUCUCUGUUUGUGCUAUAAGAAAAACUGCUCCCUUUCCUUUAUGGGGUAUUCCAGAGCCCAUAUAGAAUCCUUAAGUGGGUUCCCUAUUGGUAGGAGAAAGUAAGAAGCCAACCAGAGAAUAUUGAGAAGCAAAGCAGCUAGUAAGCCUGAUCUUUAUUCAAGGAACUAUUGCAACAGAGUCCCCACUCACCACAUGCAGGAGAGAGGAGGAACCCUGAACAAUGGUGCACAAGCCCUUAUAUAGACUUUUGAAAUUGCCCACCCUGUAGCCCAAGACCACCCCCCUAAAACAUCAAACAUACAUCACAGAAGGAGGUGGUCUACAGCAGAAAUCCUCCCGGCCAGAAUACCUGAUAAUGGUCACUGAUUGCAUUACCUGGGCAGCCUGGCCAUUCUUUCAUGAUGGUUAAUACUUUAGUUCCUGAAUCCAGGCCACAGGCUCACCCUAUUCAUACACAAAUACGCCCUUAAGACAGGAUUGGUAAGGGAAAAGACAAUGGGAAGGCUUUCCCCAUUGGCCUCCCUUACUGCAGAGGAAUAUUUGAGGUCAUCGGGAGAGUCAAAAUGGCUUCAGGAUUGCUCUCCCAUACUAUUUCAGACACAUGGUUCAUAUAUUUAGAUAUGUGUGCAUUUCUGAAUAUUUAUUCUAUGUUGGAGACCUUAAAAUUAUUAGAACAGUGCGUAGAGCCCUCAAUGGCUUGGGACGAGUUUACCUGAAGGUUAAUUGAAUUGGGCCCAGAAGUGAACUGGCAGCCAUUUACCACUAGAUAAAUUGGGUGUUUUUGAAAAGCUGAAAGCAUGCCAGAAACGCUAGGAGGGGUGGUGAUGGUAAGGGCUGUAACUCAGUGGGAGAGCACCUGCCUUUAUUGCAAAUGGUUCAAUCCUGGCAUCUCUAGGUAAUAUUACGGAAAUAAAAAAUGCUCUCUCUGAAACCCUGGAGCAUUGCUGCCGGUCAGUGGAAGUGCUGAGCUACAUGGACCCAAUUCUCUGACUCUAUAUUAAGCAGACUCCUAAGUUCUCUCUUUCUUUCUCUCUCUCGGCAGGUGGAAAACAAAAUGUAA